AUGAGAACUAUUUUACUUUCAUUCCUUAUUUCCUACUACUUCAUAUAUCUCACUCUUGUUGUCUCUGCCAAAUGUCUUCAACAUCAACAAUCUCUGUUGCUUCAGUUAAAAAACAAUCUCACAUUUCCUCCUCAAUUUUCCACCAAACUUAAAUUGUGGAAUGAAAACACUCCUUGCUGUAAUUGGAGUGGCGUAACUUGUGACCAUGAGGGACAUGUCAUUGGCCUUGAUCUAUGUGGAGAAGAAAUCUAUGGUGGAAUUGACAAUUCAAGUAGUCUUUUCACUCUCCAACAUCUUCAGAAAUUGAAUUUGGCUCACAACGAUUUCGAUUCUUCCAUUCCAUCCGGAUUCGGCAAGUUGGUGAUGUUGAAAUAUCUGAAUUUGUCAUAUUCUUACAAUGUGGGAAAUAUUCCUAUGGAGAUUUCAAAGCUUACAAGGUUAGUUACUCUUGACCUCUCUUCUGAUGAUAGUUUUUCACAAGAGCAAAGACGGACAAUUUAUAACCGAAAUCUACAAACAUUUCUCCAAAAUCUAACCAGUCUAAGGCAACUGUAUCUAAAUAAUAUAAAUAUAUCAGGUAUGGGAAAGGAAUGGGGAAAUGCUUUGUUGCCGUUGCAUGACCUACGAGAGUUGAGUAUGUCUUACUGUGACCUAUCAGGACCCCUUGAUUCUUCCCUCACAAAACUAGUGAACCUAUCCAUCCUUAUUCUUAAAGGAAACAAUUUUUCAUCCUCGGUUCCUGAAACAUUUGCCAAUUUGAAAAAUCUAACCAUCCUGAGUCUUUCUGAUUGUGGAUUGACCGAUAAAUUUCCACAAAAGAUCUUUCGAAUUGAAACGCUUUCAGAUAUUGAUUUGUCAUUCAACUACGAUCUCCAUGGGCUGUUUCCAGACUACUCGAUGAAGAAAUCUCUUCAUAGCAUUAUUUUGACAAACACACAAUUCUCUGGAACAAUUCCACACACUAUUAGCAACAUGAGACUCUUAUCUCAUUUGGAUCUUUCUUAUUGUCAUUUUAAUGGAACACUUCCCAAUUCAUUGUCAAACCUCACACACCUUAUCUACCUUGACCUUUCUUAUAAUUAUUUAAGUGAUCAAAUUCCAUAUUCAUUGUCAAACCUCACACAACUUACCUUCCUCGACCUUUCAAAUAAUAAUUUAAGUGGUCAAAUUCCAUAUUCAUUGUCAAACCUCACACAACUUACCUUCCUCUACCUUUCUGAUAAUAAUUUAAGUGGUCAAAUUCCAUAUUCACUGUCAAACCUCACACACCUUACCGGCCUCGACCUUUCUUAUAAUAAUCUAAGCGGUCGAAUUCCUUCAUUCCUUUUUACACUCCCAGCAAUGAAGGAGAUUAUGCUAUCUUCCAACAAAUUUAUUCAAUUUGACAAAUUCAUAAAUGUGUCAUCCUCUGUGUUGGAAGUCCUUUAUGCUCAUAGCAACAAUCUUGUGGGGCCUUUUCCAACACCUAUCUUUAAAAUUCAUUCUCUGUCUUUCCUUGAUCUUUCAUUUAACAUGUUUAAUGGGUCACUGCAGCUAGAUAAAAUUUUGAAGCUUAGAAAUUUAACUGAUCUAAACCUUUCUCACAAUAACAUAUCAAUCGAUGUGAAUGUCUCAAAUGUUGAUUUUUCUUCAAUUCCCAAAUUUAAAUAUCUAAGUCUGGCAACUUGCAACCUGAAAUUUUUUCCCAAUUUCUUGAUAAAUCAAUCAACAUUGACCAAUCUAGACCUUUCAAAUAACCAAAUUGAAGGAGAAAUACCAAACUGGAUUUGGAAUCUACAAGAUCUUCAAUUAUUUAACCUUUCUCACAAUUUUCUCUCUAAUUUGGAAGGACCAUUUCAAAAUCUUACUUCCAAACUGGAAACUCUAGACCUUCAUAACAACAAACUCCAGGGAUCAAUACCUGCUUUUCCCCAUUGUGCUUAUACUUUGGACUACUCUAACAAUAAUUUUUCUAUUAUUCCACAAGAUAUCGGUAAUUACCUAUUAUGCACAAAUUUUCUCUCUUUUUCCAAAAAUAAUUUACAAGGAAGUAUCCCUGUUUCCUUAUGCAAUGCUUCACAACUUCAAGUGCUUGAUAUUUCCUUCAACAACUUUUCUGGAACAAUUCCUCCAUGUUUAAUCACAAUGACCAACACCCUUGAAGUAUUAAACAUAAAAGCGAACAAUCUCAGUGGCCCCAUAACAGAUGUGUUUCCAAAUUAUUGUGCUGUAACACGGUUGAACUUCCAUGGAAAUCAAUUACAAGGGCCAAUUCCUAUGUCUUUAUCCCACUGCUCAUCAUUGGAGUUAUUGGACAUUGGAUCAAAUCAAAUUGUUGAUCAUUUUCCAUGCUUCUUAAAUAACAUACCAGCACUUAGUGUCUUGGUUUUGAGGAAUAAUCGUUUUCAUGGUUCUAUGGAAUGUUCAGAAAAUAAACCUUGGAAAUCGAUUCAAAUUGUGGACAUUGCUUUCAACAACUUCAAUGGAAAAUUACUCAAAAAGUAUUUUACAACUUGGGAAAGAAUGAUGUAUGAUGAAGAUGUUGCACGUGAAAUCGGAUACAUGACGUUACCAAACUACCAAUAUUAUCAUGAUAGUUUGACAGUUACAUGGAAAGGCCAACAACAGGAUUUGGUUAAAAUUUUAACAAUUUUCAAAGCCAUUGAUUUCUCAUCCAAUUUUUUUGAAGGUCCAAUACCUGAGUCGUUGAUGGACUUGAAAGCACUUUAUAUUUUGAAUUUUUCAAACAAUGGUCUCACAGGUGAGAUCCCAUCUGCGAUAGGGAACAUGAAACAGUUAGAGUCCUUGGACUUUUCAAAUAACUCCUUGGUUGGUGAAAUCCCAGUGCAACUAGCAAGUUUAUCAUUUCUUUCUUAUUUGAACCUUUCUUUCAAUCAUUUGAUGGGGAAGAUCCCAACAGGUACUCAACUUCAAACAUUUUCAGCUUCUUCCUUUGAAGGAAAUCAUGGACUAUAUGGUCCUCCAUUGAAUGAAACACCAGAAGAUAAAAUGAAGGACUUGCAUCCACAAGCAGCAUGUGAAAAACUAGUUUGUUCAAUAGACUGGAACUUUUUAAGUGUUGAAUUGGGAUUUGUUUUUGGACUUGGAAUUAUCAUAUGUCCUAUCAUGUUUUGGAAGAAAUGGAGAGUACGUUAUUGGAAAUCCGCGGACAAAAUUCUCUGCAGGAUUUUUCCAUGGAUGCAUCUUGAAUAUGCAACUGACAGAGGAAAAACAUACACUGUUUUAAGGUGGUAG